AUGUCUGACCUGGAUGCGCCUUUAGGGNAGAAGAUCGUCCUUGCUGCCCGCAUCAUCGUCGCCAUUGACAACCCCGCCGACAUUUGCGUUAUCUCUGCCCGUCCCUACGGUCAGCGUGCCGUCCUGAAGUUCGCCGCCCACACUGGUGCUCNNUCUGCCAUUGCCGGUCGCUUCACCCCCGGUAACUUCACCAACUACAUCACCCGCUCGUUCAAGGAGCCCCGCCUCAUCAUCACCACCGACCCCCGCACCGAUGCCCAGGCCAUCAAGGAGGCCUCGUACGUCAACAUCCCCGUCAUCUCGCUCUGCGACUCCGACUCGCCCACCGAGUACGUCGAUGUUGCCAUCCCCACCAACAACAAGGGUCGUCACGCCAUCGGUCUCGUCUGGUGGAUGCUCGCCCGUGAGGUCCUCCGUCUCCGUGGCACUCUCCCCAGCCGUGAGGCCGAGUGGGAUGUCAUGACUGACUUGUACUUCUACCGCGACCCCGAAGCCGAGGAGAACAAGGACUCUGCCAACCAGGACGAGGCCAAGGUCCCCGGUGCCGACGAGGUUGGCCCCGCCGCCGUCGAGAGCGGUUUCGCCAACGACUGGGAGGUUAGCGGCGCCAACGCUGGUGCCUUUGCUGCCGCCUCUGGCACCGCCGGUGCUGCCGCCAACUCCAGCUGGGAUGCUGAGGGUGCCGACUGGGCCGCCUCGAGCGCUCCCGUCCAGACCGGUAACGAGGGCUGGGCCUCCGAGACCAACGCCGAGACCGCCCCCGAGACCACCUGGUAA